CGGUUCACAUUCACACACAUCGACUUUCAAUUCAACCCAAUCUCAACUUCCCUAUAAAUUCACAGCCUUCCUCCACUCUCUUCUCCUAACUCAAAACCAACUACUCUCAUUUCUUCUCUGUCCAGCUAAACGCACCAAAAAUGGCCAAGGCUAUUAAUUCCUUCGUUCCUUUCCUGGCUUUGCUCAUCUGCAUUGUUGGGGCGGCCAAUUCGGCGGCGACUGGUUAUAGAAGCCCGGUGACGACCUCAAACUUUGUCAAAUGGUCCUGCAGUUCCACCACCUAUCCUCGGCUCUGCAUCAGAACCCUCUCUACUUUUUCCACCAAAAUUCAAAAUAGUCCACACCAAUUGGCGCUGACCGCCUUGAACGUCAGCCUAGAUACGGCCAAGUCCGCCAAAGGGUUUGUUCUAAAAUUGGGUAAGUUUAAGGGCCUUAAGAAAAUGGAGUACAAGGCCAUUGCAGACUGUAUCGAUGAAAUGGGUGAGAGCGUGGACCGACUCGGUGACUCUGUUAAGGAGUUGAAGAAUAUGGGCAAGUACAAGGGUCAGGAUUUCAUGUGGCACAUGAGCAAUGUCCAGACUUGGGUCAGCGCCGCCUUGACCGACGACAAUACUUGUCUCGAUGGCUUCGCCGGAAGAUCUUUGAACGGUAAGAUUAAGAGCUCAAUCAGGGCCCAAGUUGUUAAUGUUGCACAACUCACUAGUAACGCUUUGGCUUUGUGUAAUCGCUUUGCCAAAAAGAACUGAUUUGUGUACUCACAACACCCAGAAGCUUGGCCUUAGCUUUGGCUCUGGCUCUGGCUUUGGGUGUAAUGUGGAAAUUUUGAGUCUGUUAUGGUAAUUGGCAAUGUGGUGUGCUUUUGUAUCAAUAUGUAUAUUUGGUAUUUGUACUUUGUUAUCUAAUACUCCAGCUUAAUGUUUGUUAA